CAUAUCGAUCGGUUUGUAUCACACACCCGUAUUUAAUCAAUAUUCGCGAUGCAAAAUUUGUUUGUAUGGAGCGAGUUUCCUGCGCUCCGGCAGCAUGAUAACCUGAUUCGAAACCCUAAAUGAUCCAAAAGAAAACUCGCAACGUAGCGCACCGUUUCGAAGAUAUAGCCGUCGGCUUCCAAUCGCCAGAAAAUGUGAAACCCGCCUCCCGUUACAUCGAGUUUCUGGGAGAGAUAAUACGCGAAACUCCAGAACUUUACAUAUCGGACGAAGGCGGUCCCGACAGCGAGGAAGUGAACGAUCUGAUUGCGGGGAGAAGCAAACUAGUCGAUCUCAGCUCGAACAGCUCGCUCAGCUGGAGCAACGAAUUCGAAACGGAAUUUACUAAGAAAGUUCAAUCGAAAUUGGAACACCUCGACAAGGUAGUUCGCGGUUUAGAGACAUCACAGGAUUACGACAUAGAAGAAAUCGAAGAAUGGAAAACUUUAUUUCCAAAUUUAAGAAUUUUAGGUUAUACGCAGUCGAAUACCAAUUCUGCCGAUACCUGGGUCGGUUCCGACGUAGAUGACGUGCGACUCGAGAAAAACAAGUAUUUGCUCAAACCGAGGGGAUCACAGACUAUCGGAAAACAAAGCGCCACUUCUCUGCAAAACACGCGAUUACGUCAGCACGUUGCCCGAGGUCGGAGCGUCAUCCCGCAAGGUCUGCCUUAUUUGACUGCGAGACUCGACGAUCGUGACGUCGGAAAUGGUUUUUCCGACAUCAGAGCGGAACGUCGAGGAGGAAAACUGUUAACUCUGCCGCCUAUAGCGAACCAGUUCCGGUCGGUUUCGGCGGUGCCCAGAAAUCGGGCGAGUGUUAGAUCUAGCGUGUCAGAAAUUGCCCUUAAAAAAGACUUGAUGAAAUUUUUGGACCAUAUCGCGUUUAGCAGCAGAUGAUAAACGUGUGUAGAUUUCUUGCGAACUAUGGUAGUCGAACGGUACGUUAUAAUUAAACGGGAUGCGGUUUGUUUGUGAAUAUACGGGGUGUUACGAAAAUUUGUAAUUUUAUAAUUAGGAAACGCGACGCGUCUGAUUUUAUAAUAUGCAGGAGUGUAUUGGAAAUAUUCGAAAAAUUGACUAACGUACGUUGGAGGGUUGAAGACCACCCAAAAUUUCCAAAUCUUAGUUCUUAUUCUGAUAAUAUAUACACGGUUCUACAAAAUUUAAUUACAAUAUUGAUGACUGUUGACCACCAGUUUUUAAAGGAUAUUAAAAAUUUCAAAGAUAUUUGAAAAAAAAACGAACUUUAAGAAUGUUACUAUGGGAAUUAAUAAUAAUAGUAAUUGCAGUAAACUAAAGGCUGGGACUGCAAAACAAGUUAAAAAAGAAGUCCAGUCCGUAAUUUUUAAGUUUGUCACGAUACAUACUGAAUCUCAUAGCAUGUGUACAAAUCAUUAAUUAUCUAUGGAUAAUAAAUUGAUCGAUGAUGAUAAAGA